CUCCUCCUCCAAGAGGGCAUUUUUUUUUUGCUUUUGUUGUUGUCAUUUCAAUUGGUGUAAAAGUUAGUUUUGGCUAUUUUCCAAAGGGACAUGUGGAUUGUUUGAUUUGUCUACUGAUUAACCCUUACAUCUCCAAAUGUCUCAUCAAGGGAAUUAAACACUCUUUCUCGCAAGAUCAUGAAGUAUCCCGUAUUCAUAUGUUCUUAAUUUUCAUGCCAUGUAUGCACACAAAAGAUGUAUAGGUGUGCCUCUAUUAAAAAGUCCAAUACUAAAUACUAUUUGAUGCAGAUUAUUUGUGUGAAAUAAAUACAAUAAUUGAUAUUUAGAAUGUAUCAGCAAUACAAAUAUAGAAUAUUUGGUCCCAAAACAAAGUUACAACCAAUUAAUGAAGCAAGUAGAUCAAUGAAAAUGUCAAAUGCCUUGGCCUUCUUUAACUACUCUUUGUCUACUCCCUCUAUUUUAUGCGAAUAUGACCUGUACCUCUGUGAUAUCCCUUGGUCAGGGUUGUGGUGUUGUGGACUUCAAAGAUGAAGAGUUUGUGAGCAAGGCUGUAGAAACUAUGAAUAAAUAUGACCUAAGUGGAAGGCCCCUCAACAUUAAGGAGGACCCUGAUGGGGAACAUGCCCGCCGUGUGAUGCAGCGCAUGGGAGUCCCGCAAGGAGGCCGGGGGCAGGACAUGGGACCUGGUGGAAUGAAUAUCCCCCCUUCCAUCGCCAACAAUCCCAACAUUCCACCUGAAAUCAAGCAUGCAUUGCAAACGGGUCGACUGGGCAGCACAGUGUUUGUGGCCAAUCUUGAUUUCAAGGUGGGCUGGAAGAAGCUCAAGGAAGUGUUCAACAUGGCAGGUGUGGUAAAACGGGCUGACGUUAAGGAGGACAAGGACGGCAAGAGCCGUGGGAUGGGAACCGUGACUUUUGAGCAGCCGCUGGAGGCCCUGCAGGCUAUAUCCAUGUUCAAUGGACAGAUGCUCUUUGAGAGACAAAUGCAUGUUAAAAUGGAUGAGAAAUCCAUUCCCCCAGAUGAUUAUCGCCAAAUGGAAAAAACUCCUCAAUUACCACGCGGUCUGUCUGGUAUUGGAAUGGGACUAGGACCAGGAGGGCAGCCUAUUAAUGCAAACAAUCUGAGCAGCGGAGGAGGCAUGGGCCCAGGAGGUAUGGAUGCUCCAGGUUAUGGUGGAAUGAACAGACUUGGAGCUGGAAUGGGUGUCGGUGGGGGGUUUGGAGGCAUGGAUAACAUGGCCAACAUGGUUAAUUUCGGAGGAAGAGACACGAUGCCGAUGGGCAGGAUGGGCGAUAUGUACCGUUCAAGAAUGGGAGGAACGGAUCGUGAUUUUGGCAACUGCGACAUGCCAAUGAAUCGUGGAUUUGGAGAUUCGUACGGAGGAAUCGCAGGUGGAAGUUUUGGCGGAGGCAUGGGCGUUGGUGGCAUGGGGAGCAUGGGGACUGGAUUAGGUGGUGGAAUGGGCAGUAUGGCGAUGGAUCGCAUGGGCUCAGGCUUUGACCGCAUGGGAAUGUCAGGAAUGGACAUGAACCGCGGCUUUGGAGGUGGCGGCCCGGGUCACAUGGGCAUGUCAGACAGAGGCUACGGGCCAAAAGGAGGUUGUCAGAUCUUUGUGCGAAAUCUCUCCUAUGAACUUACGUGGCAAAAGCUGAAAGAGAAGUUCAGUCACUGUGGCCAGGUGAUGUUUGCGGACAUCAAGAUGGAGAACGGCAAGUCAAAGGGCUGCGGAACAGUCAGAUUCGACUCUCCGGAGAGUGCAGAGAAAGCCUGCCGGAUGAUGAAUGGAACAAAGAUCAAUGGCCGAGAGGUGGAUGUCCGCAUUGAUCGUAAUGCCUAGACGUUUUGCAAGGAGCCACUCACUCACGUCUACAUUUCAAGCCUUCUUCGCCAGUGAGCUCUUGUUUUGUUUUAAAAACACAAUUGCAUUACUUCAUCGAACGUCACAGCCACAGUUUUCGUUUGUUUCUGUUAAUAUAUACAACAAUAGCUCCUUUUAUCUUUUGUUUUGUAAUCCCUUUUUUAAUUGUCUGGCAGUUUGUUUGAACAAAUAAACAUUUAAAUUUUUAAACCUA